AUGGCCUCCCUCUGCGCCUCCUGGUGCUGGGCAGCUCCGGUGACUGUCGCCGCCGCAUCCCCGAGAACGCGCCCGGCUCGCGUAACCCUGCGCGCCCCCUCGCCGGCGCCGUUGCCGAGGAUCCAGCUGGGGCGACACCCGCGAGACGCAUUCUUCGUCUCCCGGUGCCAGAAGGGCGCCGAUCGCCACCCUGAGCCCGAGCACGAGCCCGAGCACGAGAUGGAGCAACCGGACGUGGUAGACAACUUCUUCAAGAAGCUGGAUAAGGCCCGAGAUGACUAUAUAGCCGAGAAAGGUUGGCAUGCAUACAGUGAUGAUAUAUCAAACAGAAUAUGCGGCCAUGCACUUUCAGCUCUGGAUUUGGCUUCCACGGUCAUGGAUAUGCCAUCAUUAGGCCUUGGCACAAAUGAAAUUUCACAACAAACGGUGCACCAGAUGGUUAGGUCGUAUGCAACGACAUUCUGUAGGGCUGCAGAGGACGCUUACCAUAAGAGGGUCCAAAUAGACACGAUUUGUUCGUUUCUUGGUGCUCUCGGAUGUUUAGGGGCAAUUGCUCAUAUGUUGGUUGAGGACACUGUGGCUAACCUCGAAGAUGGUCAUUUGAAAAGUAAGAUUGCUUAUCAGCUGGAUACAGAUUACCAUCAGUUCAGUAAGAAGAUGAAUGUUUUGAAUGAGGAAAUCAAGUUGACUGAACGAACCGAGAUAGUUGGUAAAAUACUCCUGGAAGGUUUGAUACAUGCAAAAUCAUAUGUAAAAAAGCUGAUCGAAGAUGCACACCAUCUCCAAGACCAAGACUAAGGUAAAAGUUUCAGUCGCGUUAAGCCAUAGUCAUGAUUGGGAGAGGAUAUCUUUGAGCUGUCUGAGGGCGAAGCAAACCAUAGAUGCUGGCAGUGCAUCCUUUACUACUAGGAGGAGACAAAAAUGCAUUCUAUGUUGUAAUGAGUUAAUAACAAUUUGUACGGUCAGUUUCAGUAGUACUUUGAGUGAUUUGAUACCUACCGCAAUAACAGA